UUCAUGUGCCAUUGAUAAUAGAAAAAUAACUCAUUGGGGGAAUUCCCUUUUAACUUUGCAACUACAUAAUCUCAUUGAUACUACGUUUUAUUUGAAACUAUAUAACAGUGACAGUUUUCAAAGAUCAAGCCAAUCAAAAUGAGCGAAGAUAAUCGUUUAUGGCACGAAAUGGUAUCUUAUGCCAUUGAAAUCCAACAAAAAUAUUAUGAGCUUCUUUCUGAUUGGACUAAAUAUGAAACGCAAGAUUAUGAUAUAUUAAAACAAAAUAUUGGUUAUGCACUAUUUGGCCCUCCCACUGAAUUAUGCAAAGUUGAUAAUAAGGAAAACAAUACAAAUGAUUUUAGCUCGGUGGUAAGCUAUGUUUCAGAAAAUGCAGAACAGUUAACUAAAGUCAACGAAGGAGUACACUAUAACAAAAAUGCUAUGGAAAUAAUAUCCUUAAUAUUUGAUCAAAUAAUGGAGUAUGGUAAGCAGUCGGAUGGGAGUAUUUUUGUCGGAGUCAUUUAUAAUAUUAUAUUUAAUGUACCGACAAAGAAAACAAAAGAAAGUAAUAAAGAUAAUGUAGAUAUUGAUACAGAAGAAAUCAUGAAAGAAAUUCAAGCUGUUCCAAUAUUUAAAAUAAAGAAUUAUUGUCUAAAGAGUUCAUCUGAAAAUAUUGAAUAUAUAGACAAUAAUGGUAGAGUAUACAUAGAUUGGAUCAAUUAUAAAACUUGUAAUACCUUGCCUGCUUGUGUAAUGGUAAUACCUUAUGAAGGCUUUUACCAACCAAAUCCUGAAUUGGAAAUAACAGAAAUAUGUUCUAAAGUAUGGGUAGAAGUUUGUUUUUCACCAGCAUCUUCGUUAAGCGCUCAGGUAGUUAACACUGCAGAUUAUGCAUCUAGCAUUUUAAAUGUUGGUGGUCUUGGAAUUACCCUUGCAUCGAUGUUUACUCCUAUUGGACCUGCGGUUGCAUUAGCAGGAGUAGCAACGACAGGUGUUACUAGUGCUUGGUCCUUUGGCAGAUUUGUAUAUCAGUUAUAUGAUCGUAGAUGGCACAGAGAAUCUGUUAGUCUUAGCAACAGCAAUGCCCUUUCAGCUUGGCUUGGUAUUGCUGGAUGUACUGCUGGAUUAGCAGUAAGUGGUGGAAAACUAUUGCUUUUAAGAGCUGCUCAAGCUGGUCGAGAUAUAGGAUUAGCUGCUAGAGCAGUAUAUAAUACAACAGUAGUAUGCAAAAUGUCAAUUAAUCUCAUUGGUAUAGGAUAUAAUGGAUAUAAUAUUGUCGAUAAGUAUCAGAGAAAGAAUAGAGUCAAUUUGAAAGAUAUUUUCUUCUUUACAACACAUGUAAUGUUCUUUGGUAAUAUUAUAUUAGACAUAAAAUUUGCCUAUGACGUCAUUAAUAGUUCUCGAGGUAAUGUUAUGAAAGAUUACGAAGCUACUUUGCGAAGUAAACGUCAUCGUAAAGCGUAUAAUCGUAUAAAACGUAAUGCAACAUCAGAUGCAAAAAUAGUACGUUAUAUUAGAAAAGUUCAAACAAGAAGAGAACUUUUGUCGUCUGCGAAUAGUAGUCAACCAAGUGGUAGUAAACCGAAUAGUGGUCAACCAAGUGAUGGUCAACCAAAUGGUGAUCAACCAAGUGGUAAACAACCAAAUACUAGCCAACCAAGUAGUAAGCAACCAAAUGGUGAACAACUGAAUGGUAGCCAACCAAGUGGUAAGCAACCAAAUGGUGAACAACCGAAUAGUAGUCAACCAAGUAGUGAUCAAUCAAGUGGUAAACAACCGAAUGGUAGUCAACCAAGUGGUAAACAACCGAAUAGUAGUCAACCAAGUAGUGAUCAAUCAAGUGGUAAACAACCAAAUACUAGCCAACCAAGUGAAGAAGAAGAAUUAAAAAUGACUUAUCAUUUGUUGGAGGUAGAGUAAAAAUAGGAAAUAUUAUUAUAUUAGAUCCAUUACAAGUUAUGAGAAGCUUUAGAGAAUCGAGUAACUUUGGCAAACCUCCUAUUUUACUCGCUACCG